UCAGCAGCGGUACUGAGAUAACAGAACUGGACUGAAUCUAACGACUGUAUUUAAGUGUACAUCGUUUGCGUGUAACCUACGUGGCCGAUAAACUUGGAGGAACUGGAGCAUCUGAAAGCCACUGCAAAAACGUUGAAAGCCAUGCUAAAAGCCAACAGCGAAAGGAAGGAGAACAAUGAAGAAAGGCUGUACGCGAAUAUUGACACCGCCAUACAUAACAGUGAAGAAAUGACGGAGGCCAAUAUACCCUCCAUCCGGUCCCAGUAUGUCGAGAAACUGAACAAUCUGGAGAACAUCAUUCUUAUUUGUGACACGCACAAAGUAACCAGUGGUUCUCUCAUAAGGCAGCGGUUGCAACAGCAACACAAACCUGAACUGAUAUCAGAACAGAGAGGAGCAGGACAGGGUCAGCGUAGGAAUGUGGUGACGGAGAUUGAGCGAAUUAAGAAAAACCGCGAGCAGCAACGUCAGCUACAUGCGAAACUGAAAGAGAAGCAACUUCAUAUAAUGAUGCGUCAAGGGAACCCAAACUGGGAGUUUCUGAAUAUGAUAAACCAGUACCGUAGUCGUAUUGUGUUCCGCCCUCUGCAAGAGUCAGACCCCGUGGAGGAUCAUCAGAUUACGGUUUGCAUCAGGAAGAGGCCCCUUAACAAGAGCGAGUUCGCCAGACAAGAGGUGGAUGUGAUCUCGGUGCCCAGUAAAGACGAGAUUAUUGUACAUCAGCCCAAAGUCAACGUGAAUCUCAAAAAGUUCUUAGAGAACAAAUGCUUCAAAUUUGACUACGUUUUCGGUGAGACCUGCUGUAAUGAGUUGGUCUACAAAUAUACAGCAAAGCCUCUGGUCCAAACAGUCUUCGAUGGGGGAAUGGCAACAUGUUUUGCUUAUGGGCAGACAGGAAGUGGCAAAACCCAUACAAUGGGCGGUAACUUCCAAGGUAAGACACAAGACUGCAAGAAAGGAAUCUACGCCAUGGUAGCCGAAGAUGUAUUUAAAUUCCUCAAGUCACCUGAGUAUAAGGACCUGAAUCUGACGGUAUCUGCAAGCUUCUUUGAGAUCUACGGCAACGAUGUCUUCGAUCUGUUGGAGAAUAAAGCCAGACUGCGUAUCCUUGAAGAUGGUUAUCAUCAUGUGAAUAUUGUGGGGCUGACUGAAGUAGCAGUCGACUCAAUGGAUGAAGUCAUUGAACUCAUAGAGCGUGGUAGCAUUGCAAGAGCUUCAGGGCAGACAUCGGCGAAUCGCAAUUCUUCACGGUCCCAUGCAGUAUUCCAGCUUCUGCUCUGGACACCUGGCACCGAUCGCAUUCAUGGCACGUUCUCACUGAUCGAUCUAGCGGGUAAUGAGAGGGCAGUAGAUAUGAAUCCUCCGAACAGGCAGGCAAAAAUGGAAGGUGCGGCGAUUAACACGUCACUACUAGCUCUAAAGGAGUGUAUCAGGGCGUUAGAAAGGAGAGGUGGUCAUAUCCCAUUUCGAGGAAGCAAGAUCACUCUAGUUCUCAGAGAUUCCUUCAUCGGGGAGAAAUCCAAGACAUGUAUGAUAGGGACGAUUAGUCCUGGCAUGGCUUCGUGUGAACACUCUCUAAACACACUCAGAUAUAUGGAUCGCGUAAAGGAACACAGAGCAACAUACAAGCAACGAACAACCUCGUAGAAAACGCACGAUGAGACGAGCUGGGCACAGAUGUUGGGAAUCGGUGUGCGUAGGAUGGGCGGGUUUCUGACGUUCUACAUGACGCCCCUACGGCAGCGACCAACCAGGAGAUUAUUCCAGGCACUUGAUAGUCGUUACGGGACCACCAAUUGGCCUCAGUGUACCGAUCUCAGCUGACAGCAAGGACCUGGCUCGUUGGUGCACUUGCUUGCAAUCUGUACCUGCUACAUGAUUCGAUCCAGCUGGAUCAUCAUCGGAGAGUUUUCAUGAUAUAUCACUAGUUAUUGAAUUGUGUUUCUAAUAUGG